AUGUCGUAUCAAAACGCUCCUUACUAUUCUGACAAAUACACUGACGAGAAGUUCGAAUACAGACACGUUCACAUUCCCAAAGAGUGGGUUCGACGACUGCCUAAAGAACGAACCAUGUCGGAAACAGAGUGGCGAGAGCUGGGUGUACAGCAGAGCCAGGGUUGGGUGCACUACAUGAUUCACGAUCCGGAGCCACACAUUUUGCUCUUCCGGCGGCUAAAGCCCUGCUAA